GUUGUGUCAAAUUAGAUAAUAAAACUUCAGAAAAUUAAAUUAAAAAAAAAAAAAUCCAAUAUCAAUUCUUCUUAAAGAACAAGAUAUCGGUAAAAAGUGCGUUAAAUCAUCGAGCGCGUCGAUCAUUCCAUCUUCCGAUGGAGUCGAAUAACUAUCAAAAUCAUCCUUUCUCCAUAUCGAAGAUUUACAGCUGUGAUUUAUCCAGAGGUUGCGAAUUAUGGAGCACGGAAGAGGCGUUCCCAACGAUGUGUCCUUUGCCAAAUUAUUAUAGCUUGGUACCGGAUAUAAUAAAUCCGAGAAGUAUACCCCUAUCAUGGGAUCUUCCCAUAAUAAGAUACAAACCACAACCACGCUACGAGAAACCACCGUAUUCGUACAUUGCCCUAAUAGCCAUGGCUAUUAAUUCCUCGCCUAAACAGAGACUAACCCUUUCCGGAAUUUAUAGAUUCAUCAUGGACAGAUUUCCUUAUUAUAGAGAAAACCGUCAAGGAUGGCAAAAUAGUAUAAGACAUAACCUAAGUUUGAACGAUUGCUUCGUGAAGAUACCAAGAGACAAGGUGGUUGGGAACGAUAACGCUGAGGAUCAGGCUGGAAAAGGGAGUUAUUGGACUUUAGAUCCUUCAGCGAGCGAAAUGUUUGAGCAUGGUAAUUAUAGAAGAAGAAGAAUGAGAAGACAAAAAGGAUUUAUACAGGACAAACAGAUGGAACAGGAUCGCACGAUGGUCUCGGUUUCAUCGGAAAUUUUGUCCAAUUUGAAAUGCAAAGAAAAAAAUGAACAAGAGUAUAAAACAGUUGAUACGAAGAACGCUGAGGGGAAUACACGAAAUAGUAAAAUAAUAUACACUGAAGCUCAAGGACAUUGUGUAAAAUCGAUGAUGUUCACAAUCGAAAAUAUUUUGCGAAAAUCCACGAAUAAAACUCCAGUUUAAAUAAUUUUUUUGUACUAGAUUUUAAAACGAAUAAUUAAUAUCAUUAUAUUUUAUAAUUUGUACUAUCAAUGUACUGAAGCAAAAAGUGUAGACCAUAUUAUUGAAAACACUUGUAUAGAAUAUAAAAUGAAUACUGUUUAUUAUAAAAAUGUGUUUAUAUUUUUAAUUAUACAUUGGAUAUUGUGUACAAAGAUUAAAAGUAUUACUUAACGAUUAUUUUAAAAUAUGGUACAUUAUGUACAAAAUUAUAUAUUAACAUGUAUACAAGGAAGACAUUAUAUAUGUAAAUUAUUUUAAUAAUCUU